GUAAAUCGGACUUUACAAUCAGGACCUGAACGCCUCAACACUCUCCACCGGUGCCGCUAUUUAAACUCGUCCAUCAUCUGUAGCUGCUGUCUGUGCCAAUGGAUGUCCAACAUGAAAUAACUUUGCUGGUGCAGGAGAUUCAGCGUCUUGGCAGUAAAAAUGCUGAGGGAAAAACCAGCGUGAAGUUUGGAGUGUUGUUCAGUGACGACCGAUGUGCCAACAUCUUCGAGGCGCUGGUGGGCACCCUGAGGGCAGCCAAGAGGAAGAAGGUGGUGACCUUCCAGGGCGAGUUGCUCCUGCAGGGUGUUCAUGAUGAUGUGGAUGUCAUCCUGCUCCAAGAGUGAAGCCAUGUCUCAGACCACACUGUGUCUCGCAAAUCUGGGUGCUGUGAAUCCCUUUCAAAUAUCUUUGAGUGACUGACUGAGCUUCAAUAGUGCAACAGAGAGUCAGUGAGCCUAAUUCAUCAGUAUUUUCUCCUCAGCAAAAUGCUGAUGUUUUAGGAACACUGAGCACAGUGCCAACUUAAGUUUGUUGAUUGCUUGAAUUUGAAAUAAUGUUUGUCAAAUUUCAUUUUUAUUUAUCUUCCUUAAUGUGCAAUAUGUGGCUCAGUGUUUGCACUGAAAUGCAUUGGCCAAACAGAAUUGACUUAACAAUAGACUUAUGUACCCAGUUUCCAUGCCUGCUCAUAUAUUCAGUUUUACUGUUUCAGGCAAGCUCAGUCAAUCACAAAAAUGUAUUUGAGAGUAGCUUGGAUGCUCUUUUCAAACCGGAUCUGCCUCUAGGCCCCUAUUCUCAGAUGCCACAUGCACAAAUAGGGUCACUGCGGAGGGACUAAUGUGAUUUGGUGGUUAUUACCACACUGCCUACACAUGUCUGUCCUGGUGAUGUCCACAGUACUGCAUAAGGGGAGUAGGGCUUUAGGGGGACAACCACAUUCAUAUUUUCACAUGAUGAGGAAAAGUGGUGUUUCUCCUUUUCUCAGGCGCUGCUGUUCCAUCAACCACGGGUCUAACAUGCCACGCAGACAUUUUGAUACACUUGUAAGACUAAACACACUGGUCAGGAAUAUACCAUUUUGUACAACAUAUUCAAUAGGAUAUUGUAUGAUUUUUGUGUAUUUUUUGAUGAAAUUAUCAGAACCAAAUGCAUUCCUCAUACACCCCUUUAUUGUUAAACGGUUUGGUUGGACAGUGGACACACAGCACAAGAUAUUAACUAGAAGAGAUCUGAAAAUCUGAAGUCGUAAUAUUAUUCAGCCAGUUUUCCUGCAGAAAUCUGGUGUUGAAAAUUUGUCUGAAAUGGAAACUUGUUCUUAGGAGCUGCACUAGGCAACUUUGUCCUUUGGCAACAGAAAAUAACUAUUGACUUUUUUUUUUUUUUUUUUAAGUUUGAAGGACUUCUUUACCCAUAAAUGAUGUAACAUGACUUAACAAUCUGCACGCUCUGCAACCUCAACAUCUUCAUGUGUGGAGGAGGGGAAGAAGUUCAGCCAUGCUUAGUGAGUUUAGGUUUCCCUGGAUAAAGUGCUCACUCAGCUCUAUUCAGGAGACAGUUUUGGAUUUUAUUGUUAAGUUCUGACUCAUCACUUUUCUGUGCACAGAGGAGAUUUCCCGCUAGUGACCGUGCCAACAUCAGAUUUUCAUUUGGGGAAAUCUGGGAAAUAUAAAAAAUGAGUGAGAUGGGACACUCUUCUCUGUUGCAGCACCACUUUUUGAUUUAGACUUAUGAGAUAAGUGCAUUUCUCCAUCAAAAUCUUGCCUAUUGCAGCUUUAAGAACAUGGCUGGCAGUGUGUGUGUCCACUUUUAGCGUCACCAAAUGGCAAUUCCAUUUAUUGUUUACAUGGGUCAUUAUUACUACCUCUUGUGGACUUUGUAAUUUGACGUUCUCAGACCAACUCCUUUUCAAAUCCAAGAAUGAUUCCGUAAUAGAAACUGCUAAGAUUUACUAGUUUGUUUGAAGAGGAACUUUUGCACAUUUUGUAUCCAUGCCAAUGUCCCAGAGUACCUUGUAUCCAGCUUUUUAUAUGUGGAUAGCAAUGUGUUUUCUCUGCCAAUCACACUCCAAAAUUUGCCUUUUUAAUGACCAAGGAAGCAGAGCGGGAUUUCUUGUGCAAUUCUUACUAAUUGCAGGGUGAUUGGUGUCAAAUGGAAAAGUUGUUGUGAUCAUGUUUCUCAGGACUUAACACAACCAAAAUAUAUUUAAUUGAUCUGUGACUUAAAUUAGACGUCUUACUUUGGACACAAGAAGUGUAUUUGUAGCUUUAUUAGUCAUUUUUCCAUUCCUUGUUCUGUACCAUAGGCCUUAGUUUUGAAAGGCAUUCGUACAUGCUCCAUUUUUUUUUUUUAAUCAAAUCAGCUAAAUCUUUUAGCUCUAAGUGCUUGUUUGUUUCAUAAAAAAUAGAAAAGCUUGAACUCUCUAAACUGUAUAAAAAGAUCAUCCAUUUGUUGUGUUAUGACACUCUGGGUGUUCUCUAAACAGUAAUGUAAGUAGCAUGGAUGGCUCAAAUGAGUUGAAAUCAUAAAAAAUAUAUAUCAAAGUAUGUUUUUUAAAACAGAAUUCAUAUCUACAUGUAAUCUUAAUCUGAUUCUGGUUGAGUUAUGGUUGAGACUGACAUGACAUGACAUAAAAGAUCAGUCAUGUGAAAUGCAGCCAUCUGAGUGGAACUAAUAGAAAGAGCAAUAGUCUGCUUUUGAGAUGGGAGUCACUGUUAAACUUAGUAGGGCAGAGAAUAAUCAGAAAUGUGGAAAUAAUGUAUUAAAGAAGAGUAGGGAAGAAAAAUGCUGCUUGCAAUAAUGUCAGUCUAGGAAUUGAAGCUUUUUUCUAUUGUAGUCACUAUAAAUCACAUUUCAGAUAAAUGCAAAUUGCAGGUAAAAAAUUUGGCAAGAGAACAAAAUUGCACACCCAAACAAAAUGAUCAUGUACAAUUUGAGCCAUGCACCUUUGUCCCCGCUUUCCUGUGAUUUGGAUGCCUGCGUGAUGUGUGAUUGAGGUCGAUCAAAGUGCAUCAUUACUGUCUUUUGUAUUCACAAGAACACAUUCCUAAGAGAAAAACGGUUUCUAUUUCUGUGGAACACUGCGAGGAAUAAAACCUUUAAACCUGCA